GAAGAUGCAAAAUAUUUAAUAUUGAAGAUCUAUCUUCUCAACUGUUCUACGGAUUAGUUCUAUGAUCUGGUAAUCUUACAUCUAUUAUAUAUAUUUAUACUUACACAUAUAUUUAUAUAUAUACAAGUCCAUUUCUCAUUAUACUCACUCCACUUACCAAAUUAAAAGGAACAUCUUUAGCUUUAAAUAUUAUAUUCUCUAAUUGUUCAAAAGAGAUGACUUGUAAGGUUCUUCUUCUUGUGGUUGUCGGUGCUUUUAUUUGCACUAGUACAACUAAUGCAAGGAAGCUUGGGAAUGAAAAAGUUUCAUUCCAGGACGAGAAAAACUUUCACCACGGUGGCCUAGGAGGUGGAGGCGGUUUAGGUGGUGGCGGUGGCGGUGGGUUGGGCGGAGGUGGCGGUGCUGGAGCAGGGGGUGGAUUUGGUGGUGGUGCUGGAGCUGGAGCUGGUGGUGGACUAGGUGGUGGUGGCGGAUUAGGUGGUGGUGGUGGAGGAGGCUUUGGUGGUGGAGGUGGUGGUGGAGCCGGAGGAGGCUUUGGAGGUGGAGCUGGGUUUGGAGGAGGUGCUGGUGCAGGUGGGGGCCUUGGUGGUGGAGCUGGAGGAGGUGGUGGAGGAGGUUUCGGAGGGGGUGGCGGAGGCGGACUUGGUGGUGGUGCUGGUGGAGGGUUUGGUGGAGGUGCUGGAGCUGGAGGUGGUCUCGGAGGUGGACUCCCUUAAAGUGAGGAGCAUGCAUGUAUGAGUAUAUUCUCCUAAUAAUAAUAAUUAUUUAUUAUUCAGUGUGUUACACUUUAUUAUUGUACUCUCCAAUAUAUUUGGUACAUCAACAAUAUGUUAUAUAUAGUCAUUAAUGUUUCAAUAUAUCGACUUCAUUCUCCUUUUCGAUCUGAA